AUGCCUGUGACUUUAGUAGACAGGUUACCCUUGCCGAACCUCAAGGUUUAUACGACGGGAAGUGUAUUGCUACUUUCUGUUGCUGUGUAUUAUGCUGUGAGUGUAACGAAUGACCCGAACUGGAGAACAAAUACUACUCUUCAGCGGAAAGAAGCUGCUGUAGUCGGUUCUGAUGGGGAGUCAGUUAAUUCACCGCCUGCAGUGUUAGCGCCCGUGUAUGCCGCCAAUGAUACCAGGAAUUUAACUGAGCAGGUUGUUGAAAUAAUGACUUUCAUGAUGCAGGAGCCACUAUGUAUGUGGGAAAGAAAAAAUCGUAGUCGUAACCUUAUUGUGUUUGGAAUGCCUGGAUCUACAGCAAAUUCACCAGAAGACAGAAAAAGUCAUGAUAAAGACCAGAUUUCUAAAACUAUUACGUCACUGGCAACUUCCGAACCGGAAAUCCCCACUGUCUUCCGUUUGGGUUCAGGACUAAAAGAUUUCUAUGGAUACAUUAGAAGACAACUGAAUUCUAAAGUCACUAUUCCUAACAUUCUUAGAAACGAGUCACAAGAACUUGUAGAUGAACCACAAAAAAUCGCGGAGCUGUUUGCAGAUCAGUUCGUUAACAGCUAUGUAAGAGAACCAGAUGGACCAAUUCCCUCCAUAAAUAUGCCAACGGUAAGAAGCUCAAUUGAUGACGUAAAAUUUACAGCCGAGAUCGUUCGAAAGACCUUGUUACCAUUUGAUGAUGCUACUGCUACUGCUACUGGUCCUGAUGGAAUACCAUCCAUAUUACUAAAGCGAUGCUCAUCAUUGCUUGCUGAACAUAUAUCAAACAUUAUGAACAAAUCCAUGGAUGAUGGAUGCUUACUCGCUGAUUGGAAGAAAGCUACAGUCGUACCUAUUUAUAAAAAAGCUGAGACCUAG